GAAUCGAGGAUGACUAAGUUUUGAUCAUCAUUUGAAAGGAAUUAGCGGUAACUGCGGUCUAAGGUACGAUGUUUCUGAAUUUUAUAUAUUUUCUCGUAAGUUUGGAUGUAAUUAUUUUUUCAUAAUGUGACAUUUGAUGUACCAAAAACGAUCCGAACGAUACGAUGCUACUUCGCGGGAUGUUCCUGAGAAACUCCCAUUUGUUCCUGACAAAUAUGGUAAAUAUUCCUGACAACCAUCCCUUUAGGUUGGCAUCUCUGGGCACAUGAAUUGAUAUAAUCUAGUAAUGAUGUGGAAUAUAGUAGGCCUGACUUGAAACGGAUAUUUCAAUAUUCGGAUACCCGACACUGAAAACCGGACGGCGGACGGGUAUCUGAAAUUUUACCCUGAAACAUAAAAAAUAAUAUCCAUUUGCACUUAUUUGAGUUAUAUGUAAGAUUUUCAGUUAUAUUUGAGUUUUGAACCUAUCCGAUGAUGGCGAGAGUCAGCGUGCGCUAAUUAAAAUAUUUCUGAAAACCACGAAAUUACGAGAAGCUGAAUAUUUUGGGUUGAAUCUGUUUUGCAAUCGGAUUUGACUAAUGUGAGUUAGCGUGAGGCUACGGCUACAAAUGUAGGUCGUAUGACUGUGUAAGCUAUUAGUAAAUGACUUUUAUUCUAGUUAUACAAGUCGGGCCUAGUUACGAUCCCAUUUAAUGGUUGCGAGAGUAUGUGUGUUUAUUUUUUAGUUCCGAUCGAAUGAAAUAAGAUGCAAUGAAUUUGACAGAGGCGAGUGUAAGUGCGAGUCUACUAUUACUAAAAGUCUAAAACCAGACAGGCCUACAUCAUUCAGGUCACGCACGUGCUGUCCUGUCUGGACGUGUCUGGAGUGAAUCGUUCGAUAUAUAUUUGGUCACAUUACACUCGCUACACCUUCAAAUGGGAUCGUACUUGGAAUAUUUUCAUUUUCAUGUCGGGUUUCUCCCCAUUCCCCAAAUUAUAGCCAAGCUUCUCAUUUCUCAACUUCUGAAACACAAUCACACUUCUAACAAAGAUUCAAGACAAGAUUUAAUCACAGUAACAGUAACUAAUCAAUUACAUUCAUCACCAGUAAGUUUUACUGCAAAAUGUUGAUUCACAACCGACCACAAUAAUCAUUAUUAAUGACAGUUCAAGAAAGAAAAGGGAUGAUUCAUUAUUUCGGAUUUGAUAAAGAAAUCAAAAGAAACAAAAUAAAAUGGCCAAUUAACAUGUAUUUGACGUUUACAUGAUUUCAAAAUUAUCUUCAUUCUUCAUUCAUAUCGAAAGUUGAUGUGAGAAAAAAGUACUGAAAAUGAAUAUUUCGUUACGCAUUUCAAUUUAAAUAAAUUACAAAAAACAACAUGACACACGCAGCCAACAUUCAUUCGACGUUUUCAUAGUUUAAAAAAUAAUCAUCUUCAUUUGUAACAAAAGUUGCUGUGAGAAAAAGUAGAAUUCAUUUUGUAUUUGAUGAAUAAAUCACAAAAACAACAUGACACACCAAUCAACAUUUAUUCGACGUUUUCAACUUUUCAUAGUUUCAAAAAUAAUCAUCUUCAUUUGUAACCAAAGUUGCUGUGAGAAAAAGUAGAAUUCAUUUUGCAUUUGAUGAAUAAAUGACAAGAAACAACAUGACACACCCGAGUAACCGAUCAACAUUUAUUUGACGCUUAAAUGGGUUCAAAUUAUCUUCAUUCUUCACUCGCAUUGAAAGUCGAGGUAAGAAAAUAUACGAUGAGUUACGCAUUUGAAAUCAUCAAAACAUAAGACGGGAAAGAAAAACGAUCUUAAGCGACACCAUAGUAAAAUCGCCAUCAUUGUCAGAACGGAACUUUACUCCAUUCACGGACGGUCAUGGUCCAAAACAUAUAAAAACGAUGGUUUUCGGCGGGAAUAUAUUACCGAGGAAGAUUAAUUGAUAUUGGUGAUUAUAUUGGCGACUAAAACUUAUAAAUUUUGGUGGUGAGUCUUACUAAAUUUAAUGAGUUUUUGUGACAGGAAAGUGGUGAAUCAGUGUCCACGGAUACCUGAACCCGAAAAAUGAACACCGUUAUCCGUCCACGCGGGCGGAAACCGUUCGGAUAUCCGUUUGGUGGCAGCACUAGAAUAUAGUAACAUCACUUUGAGGGGAUUUACCAAAAUUAAAGAUAGGCUGUAACAUCUUUAUCUUGGAUUAAUUUUUUUUUAUUGGAAACAUGUUUUUCAGGAGUUAUUCAAUCAACAAACCAAAUAUGCCAUCAGAAACAACAGAGGCUGUUGUGCAGCCAGAAGAACACAGGGAUGAUGUUGAUUCAUCAGGAUCAGAUACGGACAGCGAGGAUUCCACACAUGAAAUGGAUCAGGACACCCCUGUCUCCUCCGAACAGGCCGACUUACACGCACAGUUUGAAUCAGGAGAGGAGCCAAGUAGUAAAGCAAGGCAGAGCAGAAGUGAAAAGAAAGCACGAAAAGCGAUAUCAAAACUUGGUCUUAAAGCUAUAACAGGUGUUCAGAGAGUCACGAUACGUAAAUCAAAAAAUAUUUUAUUUGUGAUCCAGAGGCCGGAAGUCUUCAAAAGCCCUGCAUCUGAUACGUACAUAGUAUUUGGAGAAGCAAAGAUUGAAGACUUGAGUCAGCAAGCCCAGAUGGCAGCUGCAGAACAAUUUAGAGCUCCAGAGAAGAUACCAUCUGCUUCGGAGAAGGCAGCAGCCAAUGAACCAGCUGUAGCAGAAGAAAGUGAUGGUGAAGAUGCAGAGGAAAUUGAUGCAAGCCAUGUGGAACCUAAAGACAUUGAAUUAGUCAUGCAACAAGCGAGUGUGUCAAAGAAAAAGGCAAUAAAAGCAUUGCAAGAAAACAACAAUGACAUAGUAAAUGCAAUAAUGUGUCUGACAAUGACUUAGCAGUGAUGGUAUGGUAAGAGGGGAAGCAGAGGACAAUGGAAUGCGCUCAACAACACCCACAAUACCUUGUGUUACAUCAUCAACAUUUUCAAUACAAUCUCAUAGAGGAACAUAUUAAAGGGUAUACAGAGGGCAACUGGAUAGUAGGGAUUCUAUUGUGCAAAUUUCUUACUUAGCUUGAACACUUGAGGUUUAUAUUGGCUUGAGUUGGUCUUGCAAGAGCACCUUUAUAUGUCUGAUGUGAUUGAGAUUUGCCAACGCUUUUUCCCAUCCCUUUAUUCCAAUGGAACAGGUUAAUCUUUAUCAAUAAAUGCUUUUGUAUUUAAACUUAUUCAAAAUAUUGAAAUUUAACUUCAAACUUUAUCAAUGAAAGUGAUAAGUAGGAUCAGAAUUUUGUGUUUCUGCAUUUUCUUGUCCUGAUUUAAAAUGCCUUUGAUAAGGUGGUCGCCAAUUAAAUGCACACUUUAUCAUUAUAGAGGGUGCACAAUUUGUAUGCAUUCGAUCAUAGUGUGACUUGGAGACUAAUAGCACUGAAAAAAUAGUGUGAAGUACAACAGCCUCCUUUUUAGGAUAUAUCAUGAAUAUCAAGACUUGGAUGAGAAAAUAAAUUGAUCCAACAUGCUCAUCUGGCGUGCUAAUCCUACUUUAUUAAUUUUAAGGCUUAGAAAUGAAUGUUGCUCAAUACUUAGAAUAUAAAUUAUGAUUUUGGUUUUAGGGGAAAUGAAAAACCAUUGCAUUUUAUAUAAUUUUGUGUAUUCAAGUGCUCAUCAUCUAUCUGAAUACAAGUUUUUCAGUGGUAACACAUUAUUGGAAUAUGGAAAGAAACGUUUCCACCCUGACUUAGCUCUAGUUUUAAUGCAUGAUACAUGUUAAAGUAAUAUACAGUUCUCUCUAAUAUGAAGAAGUAGAUAUUCAUGUCUCUGGAUGGAUUACCAUUAACAUUUUGAAAAUGUGGGACAAUUGAACAUCAAUUGGCAAAUGAGAACGCAAACACCACAGAUCAUAUUGUAAUAUUUAUCAUAAGGAAAAAAGGGAGAGAUACUUAUGUCAACUCAUGUUAAUAUUCUAUUAGAAUUCACAGAUAACAAUGAAAUAUGAUUGACUUUCAUUGGGGAUGCAGUGUUCUAUACAGUGCGUCCCACAAAACACGAAACCGAGAUUUAUCGAUUUAUCAUAACUUAACCCUUAUUACCCUGGGGGGGGGGGGGAGUCAAUUUGACCUCCCCCUCGACAAAUUUGGUCACUACGCCAUUGCGCAAAAUUUUUUGACCGCGCUGCUCUUUGACUUUUUACUUUCAAGUCUUGCGCAUCCUUUGAGACCAAAUUUGCGACGCCCGGGUAGUCAGUUCUGAAAUUACGCAACAUUUUUAGGUGCAUGUCGGACCUGAAAAUGCUCAAAAACGUGAAUCCGUGUACAAAGUCAAUGAAAAUUGUGUUUUUCAACCAAAAAUCAUUGAUAUAUGAUUAUUUUUACUUUUGUUGGUUUAAAUUGAUUUAUUUUAUACCAUUUAUGAUUGCAAAGGGUCCCCGAUAAAGUUCAUCAGAAAAAACAAUGAAAAACAAAGAAAUACAUAAGAAUUUAAUUAUAUUUUGGCAAUUUUUGUAGAUAUUUGUUAGAAAUGUAAUAACUGAUACUCGCACCAAUAAUUAGCAUUCUUCUAGCUAUAUAAAUUGGGUUAAGGGCAAAAACAUACACAAAAAGAAAAUUAGAGCAAAUUUCAUAUGCUUAUUUGCAUAAUUAAUCAAUAAAAAAAUAUAAACAAUAAUUUUUUGAAAAUCUUACUAUACAGUCUUGUAGUUUACAUCCGGCGCUACGUGCGUGCAAAUUUUCACGGCGAUAGUGCAAUCAGCGGCCUAGAUCUCGUAUAUACUGUUGAAAAAGCCCAGUUAAGAUAGGGUUAAGCACAAAUACAAUAGACAAAUGACCUACCAUUGUAAAGCUGAAAAUCUCCUCUUUCAUCUGAAAUUACUAAGAUUAUUUCUCACUUAGCUUGAGUGAGUAAAAACAAUUUGAAUAGGGGAAACCAAAAGGUCACUUGGCGGGCUGUGUCUGGGUUUCACAAAGAAAACCACAUUUUUAAAAAGUUCAAUAUCUGCUCUUUGAUUUGAUACCUCAAUUACGGAAAAUGGUCAAGAAAUAACAAAUUUCUGGUUAUUUAAAAUUAAGGCAUGAAUUUCAAUAAUUUCAUAAAAUGAAGAGGUUUUACAGGCUAGUGUUCAGACUCAACAGUCUGUUUUGUUGACGAUCAGCCAUGCAUUAAGUGUUUUGUUAACCGUGCGAUAGCUUCUUUGGGAAACCAGUGAAAAUAUGUUUAUUUAAUGAAAUUAUGGAAAUACAAGCAUUGUUUCUAGGAAACAGAACUUUUUUAGUUCUUGACCAUUUUCUGUGAUUAAGGUAUCAAAUAAAAGGGCAGAUAUUGAACUUUUUAGGCAUGUAAUUUUCUUCUUGAAAUUCAGAUACCCCAGCCAAAUAAGUUUUUGGUAUCCUUUCUUCAAACUGUUUUUGCUCACUAAUGCAUGAAGGAGGAAUAAUCUAAGUAAUUUCAGAUGAAAGAGGAGAUUCUUAUAAGCUUUACAUUGGUAGGUCAUUUGUCUAUUGUAUUUAUGAUUAAGUUACGAUAAAUCAUCGCUAAAUCUCGCUCUCGUUUUUUGUGGGAUGCACUGUGUAAUAGAAAAUGGCUUACCAAGUAACAUAACUUGCUAAAUAGAACAGUGAGAAUUGGUUUAGAUUUUAAUUCAAAGCUAUGUCAAUGUGAAUUUGAAUUAAACAAUAUUCUUUUCAUUGAUAUAAAAUUACAUCAUUGAAGUCAGAUUGCAAAAUAAUGUUCAUUUCCUUAAGUAACAAUUUAUGACAUGUGUCCCUUCAAUUGUUAAAAGCUUAUAAUUCUUUGUAUAUGAAGUUGUUUUGUUUGAUGGUAAUUGCUUCACAUUUGUUCACAACAGUAAGAAAAAAAGGAAAUAAAAGGAUAACUUGGGUGUAUAGCUAAAAACCCUGCACUGACUGAUAAAUUUUGUUUCCAAACUCCAUGAUCCUUUUAAUUUCAAGUGAGGAGAAUAUUUGUCUAGAUUAAUUUUGUUGUCAUUGCUUGAAAAUAAUUGUAAGCUCACUAUGCGGACUUAUAAAAAGUCAUAAAGUUAUUUAUGGAUUCGCUUGAGUUGGUGCCAUGUAAGUAUAUUUCCAUAAUUGUAUUUGAUCUCUUGUGUGUAGUAUUUUCAUUGCUUCAUAUUGGGAGAUGUUGGAAAUAUUGUGUUAUUUUACCAGAACAAACAUGGUCUGGGUUUAUUCAUUAAACAUCUAUCAUUUGACAAUACUACAAGGAUGGUGUUCAAAACAAUGACUUUGGUGUACCCCAAAUGUUACAUUGUGACAACAAUGCUUCCAUUUUCUUAUCGUAAUCAUAUGUUGCUUACUAAAAUUCUUACUCGAUAUUUUAUUUCUUAUUAUACAUAUAUUAACGAAAAGUCACCACUUCAAAGCACCAUUUAAAAAAAUUGAGAAUAAACAUUUGGUGUCCCCACGUAUAAUAUCACAUUGAAAAAAAUAAGUUUUCUGUUAUAAGCUGAAUGGAUUACUGACUUGCAUUAUCAUGGCCUCUUUUUAAAAUAAACAUUAAAAUUAUACUUGUUCUGGGGUGCUGAAAUGCAAAUUUUGCAUUUUGGUGUCCCAAUAUUUGCCCCUUUAUCCAGUAUGGUGAUUGUUUUCUGCUCUGGUUUUAGUUAACCAUCAUUUGGUUUAAUCCCAUUUCGAUGGGACUUUCUCAAUAAGACCAUUUCUAAUAGUAAUUUCCGACAAAAAGAUGAUUUACUGCUUUUCAGGCAAAAAUAAGCAUGUCACAAAGUGGGUCCCUUAUUUUUGGAAAUACCCAUACAUGAGUAGGCUGGCCAUAUUGUUUCAUUUAUGUCCUGACCUAAUUUUUCAAAUCUAUAUUUGAAAAAGUUCUUUGUUUACUUUUAUUUAUCUUGAUCUGUAACUCAUUUUUUGUGUGGGCAACAUUGAUUAUUCCUAAUAUGUUUCAAGUAACAUUGAAGAAUCUAAAAAUUUGUGUGAUUUAGUACUACAAUGUACUUGUACAUUAAACAUGCUGUAGUGAAAUGGAA